AUGGAGGGCUCCGAGGAGCUGGAAAGCAGCCUCCUGACCCAGCCCUGGGCUUCUGUUCGCUUUGGUGAGUCCAGUUUUCUUGCCAAAGUGUGCUUCAGGGAUACUGGCUAUAUCCUGCUGAUCUCUGACCUCAGCAGUGUCUGGUACGAGAGUGCAGACGCCGAGGCUGUGGGACAAAGGUCCAAGGAGCUGAACAAGCGGCUGACUGUCCACGUGUCCUCCUUCCUGAACCACUUGUGCAGCUUGAUGUGCCCCUUGCUGGCAGGGCAGCCAGGUGCCACCACUGCCUUCUCCUGCCACCGCUCUCCCGGUGGCCUCAGGCUGCACGUGAAAAGCGAGCUGUCAGGACUGCCCUUCUACUGGGACUUCCACUGCUGCCCGGCUCCCUUGGACAUGGUGUCCCGUCACCUCGUGCGGCCCCUGAUCCAGAUGAACCUGGUGCUGCAGUGCCAGGUGCAAGAGCUGAUUUCCCUGCUGCUCCAGAAGGAUGCUGAGAUUGAAGAUUACAGGGAGAGCGGGGCCACUCUCAGCAGAGACCGCCUGCGGACAGAGCCCUUCCGGGAGGAGACGUUUCGGCAGAACUUCGUGGCUGAGACCCUGCCCCGGAUCUGCAGUGCGGGAGAAGGGCAGGCGUUUGCCUCUGCUCUGCAGCAGCUCUACACUGCAGUGACACAGCAGGAGCUCAAGCAGGCUCGGAAACGCCAUUGCUCUGAGGAUGAUGUGGAAACAGCACCCAGUGCAGAAACCACAAAUCACCCCCAUUCACCUGCUGCAUCCCAGGAGGAUGAAACGACAUCUUCCAGCGAGAGAACCUCGCCAGCCUCCUCCCCAGCUCAGAAGCCCCGGCUGCCUGCAGCCAAGGCCAAGCCAAAGAAGGCAAAAGGGCUCUUCAGCUGAAGGAUUGCUGCCAAC